UAAAUGGGGACUGAAAUGGAAAUACAUUUUCUACUCUACUGUUUAUUUCUCUAUAGAAUCGACAAUGAACCAAUUACGGAUGACUUUGGGCUAAGUAACCCGGAAGCUGAGUUCUGCACAUGGUGCUCAGGUUCAGGCAACAUCAUCGUAAGGAGCAAAAUCGUACGCUUCAGCAGAUACACAGUGUUAUCGGUGCUUGGACUUUGGAGAGCAUGCAGGCGCCAUGCUGCGUGUGUUCUGUGGACACCGGGAAGUACCGCUGCCCCGGCUGCCGCGCUCGCUAAGGAGUGUACUCCAAAAGAAGCGCCAGAAACAACAGAUGCUGCAGCUCAGCCAGCUAGCAGCAGUUAUCAGCAAUUUGAGAGGAAAGAUGAUCUGCUUGAAGACGAUGAAUCGGAUACAGUUCCUCUACAGAAGCUAAAGCUGCUGGAGGAAUCAGAAGACCUGAAGCAGCUAUUGCAGAACACUCAUCUUAGACAAGUGCUGCUUGCUCUGGAGCGGGCAGAGAAGAAAGAGGAGGUACUGAAAGAAUAUAUGCAAGAGCCGCUGUUUGCAGAAUUUGCAGACAAAUGUUUGUCUGUUGUGGAUAAUGAGGAAAAAGAAAAUAUUUUUCCAGACUGAUGGUACUUUUGUUUUACAAUGGUUCUAGGCAUUUGUGAUGUAACGGUCAUUCUGUAUUCCCUUUAUCAAGACCAAGUUGAUGUCUGACAUCGAGAAACUAAGAUUUUUGGACUAUGAUGGAAAAAUCAAUAUACAAAGGUUACUGUAAUGGUUAACCAUGAAGAGACUUGAUGGACCUCUUCUUGUGUCUGUUUGCAGUUAGAGGUCUGCUGGGCAAUCUUAAUACAGAGCUCUAGCAAAGCAAAUGAGUGCUGCAGGCAAAAUGAAAUGAAUGACUUGUCUCUUUACUUGAAACCUCUGCAAGCUCAUUAGGGGGCCCAUACCUUCCCAAGUUACAGUACAUGUAAAUAAAUAAAAAUAAAUUGGGCUUAAUAUGUGAUGUGCUUGACUUUGUAAGAAUCUGUAUAUUUUGGUACUCCUGUUUCAGAAAAUCUUUUUCAGUUUGAGAGUUACAGAAUCUUAAAGCAAGGUAUGUUGAGAGGUUGUGCUAGAAAUGUCUGAACAAUAUUCCUUUGGAAUGAUUUCACCUGCUGUAUGUCAGGCACAAUGUCACAAAGGCACCUGUGACUUGGAUAUUACUGUAAUGCAGGGGCAGACAACAUGUGGCACUUCAGCUGCUGUUGAACGACGCAUGCCAUGAUGCAUUACCAUAGUUUUGCUGGUAAUGAAUGCUCAAACUGUGACAGGGCAUGCUGAGAAGUGUAGUUCCUCAUUAGUUGCAGUGCCCCUGUUUUAAGGGGUCAAACAGUUUCAUCCCUUAUUAUCCCCCAAUUCCAUAUUCUUGAAUAAAUACAACUUAUUCUCUACCACGACCAAUAGGACCCUAAAACUAUUACAGAAAUGUACAUUCAAUGAGCCAGCAAUAAUUCUUAAAGGGCUUAUAGUAUCCGUUAGAGCAAGGGUCUGCAACCUGCGGCUCUCCAGCUGCUAUGGAACUACACAUCCCAGCAUGCCCUGCUCAGUUUUAGCAUGCCUUAAAAGCAAAACUAUGGCAUGCUGGGAUGUGUAGUUCCACAGCAGCUGGAGAGCCGCAGGUUGCAGACCCAUGCUUUAGAGUAACAAGACCAACUGGAUUUAAUUUCAGCUUUAAUGUAAAAUGCACAGUGCUUUGAAUAAGAAAAAUAAAAAAAUGCAUUUAUAUUGUAUGUUAUACCCAUUAUGUAGGAAUGUAUAACGUGAAUGCUGUUGGCACAGAUCUCAAUGUGAUUGAUGCCCAGAAGGAUGACGCUCCAUAUACUGUAUAUAUACAUGGGUUUUUAAACAAACUUUCUUUAGCUACUCUUCUGUCUGCUCAAUUAGAGAAGGCUGUCUUUAUGCCAAGUUGUGUUCUGCUAGGGAGUUCAGGCCAACAAUAAUAUUUUGUUCUGGUUUGUUUCAACCUGUUUGUGAACUAUUUUUGUAUAAAUAAAUGCAAUUUACAGCUGACCAGGACUCCAUUAAAAUGGUUACCUUCUUGCACAAA